GGCGACGAGGAGCAGCAGAAGCAGAAGCAGCACCAUCAUACCACCAGCAUCACCAAGCCUUCAUCGCAGUCAGCAUCUCAGUGACAGAAGACAGUCACUCAGUGACGAUGCCAGAGGCAUCUUAUACACCCUCGUCUGCCGUGGCAGGACCAUCGCGGCCCAAGACGGCAGCAGGAGGAGGAGCAGCUCCUGCGCCGCCCAUCAAGAGGACUGCAUACGAUGCCCUCUCCACCAUCGAGCCCUUCUUCACCGGGUCUGGCCCCACUGCCAUCACCUCCGAUGGGCGCUUCCUAUUUACGGCCAUCGAUGACGAGGUCUUGUGUACAGACUUGUCGCAGGGUACAGGUGUAGUAGUGGAGCGGAUACAGCCAGACGGCGAAGACAUCUCUUCCAUCUGCAUCACUCCUUCUUCAUCCCACCUCUGCGUCACAACGCGGGCAGCAACAAGCACCCUCUUCACCUACCUCAUCCAAUCUUUCAGCCCUACCUUCAAGGCAGACCUUGUCCGCUCCACGCCUCGGUCCCACGAUGCACCGGUAGCCAUCUCCACCACCGACUCUACUGGCACACUUCUAGCCACAGGUAGUGCAGAUGGUGUCGUCAAGAUCUGGGACAUUCAGGGGGGGUUCGUAACCCACGUCCUCCGGGGUCACGGAGGCAUCGUCAGCGCCAUCGCAUUCGACUUGGAUCUUGGUGGGGGAGCAGGAAAGGUCAGGUCCAACCUCAUGACCUCGUCCGUCGAUGGCAGGGUGAGAGUAUGGGACCUCAACGAUCGGCCAAAGCAGGGCGCACAGAAGCCAUUGGCUACUCUCGCAGGCCAUGUUAGCGUAGUGAGAGGACUCGACGUCAAUCGCGAGGGAACAAGAAUGAUCAGCGGAGCUCGAGACAAGACCGUCUGCCUAUGGGAAGCGAUCAGGUCGCGGGACAGCAAGAAGAGCAAAGACCGCACAAGCUCUCCCCCACAGUGGACACUAAGAGAGACCCUCUCCGUAGGCGAAGGAGUGGAGGCCUGUGGCUUCUUGGACGAUGCCGGAGACGCCUUCUACACUGGUGGAACCUCAUCAGAACUUCGCAUCUGGUCCUUCACUUCUGGCAGCGUACAAUCUGUGCAGCCUCGCGGACGAUGGGCUAAGGACUCUUACAAGGGCGAUCAGGAUGCGGGAGACGAAGAAGACCUGCAAGGCGUUGUGGGUGUUCAUCACCUACAACGUCAGACCAGCGGGGCUGAGCCGAGAUUGAUCUCCUUGCACGCGGAUUCUCGAAUCGUAUUUAGGACUGCUGGCUUCGAGGCUGAGAGACCUGCGCUUUCGCGAGUGAGGCAGAUCAUUGGCUUCAACGAUGAAGCUGUUGAUCUUGCAAUCCUCGGCAACACUGAGCACCAGACUCAGAUGGCUGUUGCCACGAACUCAUCUGCAAUUCGUAUCUACCCUCUUCCUCGGCUUGCAAGGGGCGCGACAGGAAGUGAGGCAGCAGGGAGCACACUGCCAGCCGGCAGCGUAGACCUCCUCCCUGCUGAAAACUCUGAGCCGGGUCAUACAGACGUUGUCCUCUGCAUUGACUCGUCCCCUAACGGUGAUCUCCUAGCCAGUGGUUCCAAGGAUCGUACCGCUCGAGUCUGGGCGUACUCGGUCAGUGAGCAAGAGUGGAAGUGUGUAGCCGUUGCUGAGGGACAUGCAGAGAGCGUCGGAGCCAUCUGCUUCUCCAAGAAGAGCAGUCGUGAGGGGGGAGCUGGGGCGAACUUCAUGGUGACGGCAAGUCAAGAUCGUACAGUCAAGGUCUGGGACCUCUCCACACUAUCUACAACGCCAGACGCCUCUUCGGGAAGCCCGGUGCGCCUGCGCAGCUUGGUCACACUGAAAGUGCACGAAAAGGCUAUCAAUGCAAUCCAAGUAGCACCAAACGACUCGAUGCUUGUCACUGCAUCGCAAGACCGCACUUCGAAGCUCUUCACACUCUCCUUUUCACCUCCCUCCAAGGCCAAUAACCAGACGGCAGUCGCAAAGCUGACACCACUCGCCACGCUCAAGGGUCACAAGCGCGGUGUGUGGUCCGUCGGCUUCUCGCCUGUAGACGCAGCACUCUUCACCACCUCGGGAGACCGGACCGUGAAACUGUGGUCGCUCAAGGACCUCAGCUGUGUCAAGACCUACGAGGGACACUCGCACUCGGUCCUCAAGGGUGCCUUCCUGCGUGGGUCUAGAGGCACCCAGCUCCUUACCUGUGGAGCCGAUGGAUUGGUCAAGUUGUGGAGUGUCCGCGACGAGGAGUGUCUUGCCACGCUGGAGGGCUCGCCGGAUGCCCCAGCAGGAGAAGAGCAACGUCUCUGGUCUGUCGCCUCCUUUGCCAAUGGCGAGGGCAUCGCCACUGUCGGUGGUGAUGGAUGUGUGCGAUUCUGGCGCGACGUGACUGCGGAGCGAGAGCAGGAGAAGCAGGUGGAGCGAGAGGUAGGCGUGCAACGUGAGCAGCGCUUCGAGAACUUGGUUCUCGCCGAAGACUACAGGGAGGCUAUCCUCCUGUGUCUCGCCGAGGGACAGCCCAAGAGAUUGCUCGGUCUCUUCGGUGUCGUGGCUCGCAAUAGGGACGCACGCAAGAGCCGCGGCGUCGGUGGGGAAGACAGCACGACUCGUCUCCUCUCCCUCGCUCUAUCCAACGGUACUCUCCCCGCUUCGUCCAGCACAAGCGCAGUCAUCGACGCCGACGCCGAAUCGAUCACCGGCCUAGCCUCGGUGGAUCAAGUCCUGGCUACCCUGCCUCUGCCGCUUCUGCGCACUCUACUCUUCUACAUUCGUACCUGGAAUGCAUCUUCCCGCUCUAGCGCACUGGCUCAGGCGCUACUGCACGUGGUGCUGCGCAGCUAUACCUCAAAGCAGAUCAUCCAAGCAUUCGAGGCACAACCUUCCUCUGCUCUCCUCGAGGGUCUUCAAGGCGCAGGCACAGCUUCCGGUGCUGGAAAGAAGAAGAAUGGCAGUAGAGCGAGCGUGGGAAGCACCACACUGCCUCAGCUUUUGGAAGGAUUGAUUCCUUAUAGCGAGCGACACUAUGCGCGUGCGGAGCGAACAUUGGUCGAAGCUAGUAUCCUCGAGUACACUGUCAGGCUUAUGGGAGACGCCCUUGCUGAUGCUGAUCAGGGUGGAGAUGCGGUCAAGGGGGAAAUGGAAGAGCAGGACGCUCUGAUGAAUGGCGAGGCGGACGACAGUGGGAGUGAGAGUGACAGUGAGAGCGAGAGUGACAGUGAGAUGGGCUCCGAAGAAAGUUUAGAAGCUCCUGGCGGGGAGGAUCUAGAGGAUUCAGAAGGAGAAGCGGAGAUGGAUGACGGGAUGAGCGUUGAUAGUGGACGUAGCUUACGGAGCGAUGAUGAGGAGUAAAGGCAUCCGAUGAUGGCCGGAUGGACACCGGACACAGAGGCGAAGUUUCGCCCGAGUCAUUGUCAUCUGCUAGUCAAUUCAACCCAACUUUAAAUUCUACGCCCGUCUGGCGCUACAUUACACU